AUGGACGGCGGUGAUGCCACUCCAGGCCAGGAAGCUAAAGUCACAGAGGCCGAUGUGUUCAACAUGAGUGGCGAUAUGUUGGACCGCUAUUUGAACUGGUACCAUCAAACCUGGUCAGGUGAACGGGAUAGUAAAGCAACGCCCGUGUCUGAGCGUCUGCGCCGUGUCCAAAGCAGGUUAAAGGUCCAAAAGCCUAUAUCUGCAAAUGACGAGCAGUACGUUGCUACGAUCAACAGGCCCGGCGCUUUCUAUAAACGGUGGCAGAGGGACGGCGACCUUUCUGCAAACGAAAGGGCGUUUGUGGCAAAGACUGCUGAGAACGCUGGCACGACUGUGAAUAUUCUGAUCAGAACUGUGUACUCGCUAGAACAAAGAUUGCAUGAUAUAGCGUCUAGAGAGGGAAGACCAGAAGUAGAGCAUUGAGGAAUGGCCCUGAAAUUAGAUAUAGUAUGGCUGACCGUUUACCGGAUUAAGGCGUCGGAUAUUUGGAGUUGGAAUUUGUGGC